AUUGGUUGACACAUUAAGCGCACGUUCCGAAUGUAAUGUUUGUAAUGAUUGUUAUGUUUGUUGUAUUUGUGAUGAAUGUGUGACACAAUUGGGGUGAACGACAUGAGUCCACUAACACGUGUUCCGUGUGUUGACAUCAAUGCAAACAAUUUGGACAAUUGGUGGCCACAUAUGAUAACAGCCAUCAAUAGUUGCAAUUAUGUGGCACUGGAUCUCGAAUUGAGUGGUUUGGGUGCCAGAGAUAAACUCAAUGCUAAACAAAUAGAUGAAAGAUAUAAAGCAGUUGUUUGUACGGCUAAAACACGAUCUGUUCUGUCCAUUGGUUUUGCUUUCUUUACGUUUACUGACAAAAAUUCCGGUGAUAUUAGCAAUAAAUGUGUUAAAAAUAAAACAAAAACUAAGAAACAAACCAAUUGUCAAACAAAAGCUAACAACAGUUCAGUGACUGAUGACAUUCAAGACGUAAACAGUGAAAGUGAUGUCAAAACUGGUGAUAAACAGUGGAAAAUAACUGCAAAAGUGUUUAAUUUGUUAUGUCUUUGUGAUGAAGAAUAUAUCUGUGAACCGGAAACGAUGCGAUUUCUGGCAUCACAUGGAUUUGAUUUUAAUGGUCAAUGUUUACAUGGACUACCAUAUCAUCGGGGAAAUGAUACAGAAUAUGAAGAUUCGACGACACCAUCGAUAAGAAAAUUAAUAACAGAAAUAAUUAGACAUAAAUUGCCAAUUGUUUUACACAACGGUUUUAUAGAUUUGGUAUUUUUAUACCAAAACUUUUACAGUGAUUUACCAAACGAUUUGCAGACUUUUAUAGCAGAUUUGGUUGAGUUGUUUCCGUCCGGUAUUUUUGACACCAAAUAUAUCGCAGAUUUUCACGAAAGACUUAACAGAUCUUAUUUGGAGUAUUUGUUUUAUGAAAAACAGAGGUAUAAUAUCGAGCGAUCAAUGAAUGGACAAACAUAUAUUGAUAUAACAUUUACUUCAUAUUCACAUAAUUUAUUGGACAUCGAGUAUCAGGAUUUGUCCACAAAAAUAGCUUCUGAACCUAAUAUCGCAAUCGAUAUUUGUCUCGAUUAUGCCAACCACGGAUGGUGUAAAUUAAAAGAUUUAUGCAAAAACAGUCAUAAUAUCGACCAUAUUUUAGAUAAGAAGAAUACCAGUAAAAGGAUUAAGAAAAUGAUAAGAAAAUUAAAAAAGAAAAAUGAAGAACAACUUUAUGAAGACUCAAACGAUGAACACAACUCAUCACCGGUAGAGAUGAUCGUCAAUAUGAAUCACUCGCGACAAGGCGUUCAUAGCGCCGGUUACGAUGCCUUUAUGACUGGCUAUUGUUUCGCUUAUUAUAUGGCCGUUAACGCCAAGUCAAGACAGUUGUCUUCAAAACAGUUAUGUUUUAAGAGUUUAGGAAUUUCCCAAUUGGUUAAUAAUAUAUACCUUAUAGGGAAAGACCAGUCUCUCAGAAUAAAUGCCAGUUCUUUCGCAAAAACAUCUAAUAAUCAUAAGAUUAAGAUUAAGAGAAUUCAUACAAAUAAUUCUUGA